GGGAGAGAGAAUCAAACACUCGCAGUCCGCAGCCAUUUUCCCCGGAAAAUAGAAACAGGAAACGAACUUCUCACUAGCAGAAAAGGAAAAAUGGGGAGCUCAUCAAACGACGAUUUCUCGGUGUUCGUCUUGGCGUCGGAUUUGGGUGUAGACGCCACUCCCUUCUUGACCAACCAGCCCGGUCAAGGAUCCGGCCCAGGAGAUGACGAAGAAACCAACGAGAAUUGGCAAGAUUGCUCCCAGUACCUCGUCGCCGACGAAGAUUUCUCCGACCUCGAUCUCCUCCAGUUCUUCUCCCUCCAGGGAUCCGACCGUUCCGGGUGUCGCAUCUUCCGCGUCGUCGGCAAGCACUUUCCGGCUCAAGUUGUGAGUGCAGAGAGGCUGAAGAAGUAUAUUUUCCACAAAAUAUGCAGUCAGUUGCCCGAAGGACCAUUCUGUAUCGUUUACAUGCACAGCACGGUGCAGAAGGAGGACAACUCCCCAGGGAUAACUGUUUUGAGGUGGAUAUACGAAGAACUUCCAGGGAACUUCAAGGGAAGACUCCAAACCGUGUAUUUCAUCCACCCGUGUCUCCGGUCAAGGCUUGCUAUUGCAACCCUUGGUCGACUGUUCUUAAGUGGAGGCUUGUAUUGGAAGAUCAAGUACGCGAGCCGCCUUCAGUACCUGUGGGCAGACAUUAAGAAAGGGGAACUUGAGGUCCCCGAUUUCGUGCAAGAUCAUGACGAUGUGCUCGAGCAUAGGCCACUGACGGAUUAUGGCAUCGAACCGGACCCUUUUCAUCUCAGUGCAGCGACCGCCAACCCUUACUCAUUGGGGAGGUACGAAGAGCGAUGGGCAUCAAGGGAAUUUGCCCUUUAAGCUGAAGUUAGGGAGCUUAUUGUGUGCAAAGAAACUGUAAAUAUCAUAGCAUGUUUCCUUCCGUUUGGUGUACCGUGUUGAAGAAGUUAUAAACUAUAAGCUACUGGCUUAGCUACUCUUUCUCUUUGUACUACUCAUCUUCUACAAUAACAUGCAGUAGCUUACAUAAGCAGGUUCCAAGACAACAUUGAUAACAAGCAAACUCUGGUCAAUGUAUGG